UCGAGGAUCUUUGUUUUCUCUCCACCUCUCGGUGGAGGAAUACAAGUUUAUCAUCCAGCCAGGGACGGGACGGUCUCCUCUGCCGCUCCUCUCCUCCAUCUAUCGGCUUGCACUGGGCUAUUUCUCCUGUAUGGUGGAUAUCUUGCUCAAUACUUCUUUCUUGGAUGAUAUGGGGGAUCAUUCCAAAAAGAAGUCGGGAAUCGCAAUGUGUGUGGGCUGUGGAAGUCAGAUACACGACCAGUACAUCCUGAGAGUCUCCCCGGACCUGGAAUGGCAUGCAGCCUGCCUCAAGUGUGCAGAGUGCAGCCAGUACCUGGACGAGACCUGCACGUGCUUCGUCCGAGACGGAAAGACUUACUGUAAAAGAGAUUAUGCAAGGUUAUUUGGCAUCAAAUGUGCAAAGUGUAACAUGGGCUUCUGCAGCAGCGAUCUGGUGAUGAGAGCUCGGGACAACGUGUAUCACAUGGAGUGUUUUCGGUGCUCGGUUUGCAGCCGUCACCUCCUGCCAGGCGACGAGUUCUCUCUGCGGGACGACGAGCUACUGUGUCGGGCAGAUCACGGCUUGCUGGAGGAGCGGGCCUCUGCAGGGAGCCCGCUGAGCCCGGAGAACAUUCAUACCAGACCGCUGCACAGCUCAGAACCAGUUUCGGUCCGGCAUCCUCCUCAUCACCGGAACCACGUCCACAAGCAGUCCGAGAAGACCACCCGGAUCCGGACGGUGCUGAACGAGAAGCAGCUCCACACCCUGCGGACCUGCUACAACGCCAACCCGCGACCGGACGCCCUGAUGAAGGAGCAGCUGGUGGAGAUGACCGGCCUGAGCCCCAGGGUGAUCCGCGUCUGGUUUCAGAACAAGCGCUGCAAAGACAAGAAGAGGUCCAUCCUGAUGAAGCAGCUUCAAUCACAGCAACACUGCGACAAAACCAAUCUGCAGGGUCUGACAGGCACACCUCUGGUGGCAGGCAGCCCGAUCCGGCACGACAACACCGUGCAAGGGAAUCCUGUGGAGGUGCAAACCUACCAGCCACCGUGGAAAACCCUCAGCGACUUCGCCCUGCAGAGCGACCUGGACCAGCCCGCCUUCCAACAGCUGGUGUCUUUCUCUGAGUCGGGCUCUGUGGGCAACUCCUCGGGCAGUGAUGUGACCUCUCUGUCGUCUCAAUUACCGGACACACCUAACAGCAUGGUGCCGAGUCCCGUUGACACGUGAAGAGGUCCCGAGGUCAGCUGGAGACCCCGAGCGCGCACCCGCGUGCUCUGCAGGGGACGCGCAGAGACCUCAGUGACAUUUAAUCAAGGAAAAACGAAAAUAAGGACCAGGAUGGAUUAUGCUCUAUGACACAUUCAGGUGCCGACUGGAGGAUUGGAGGUCUGACUAUUCCCUUUACAUUUAGGCAUUUUAGCUCACUGUCUUGCUCAAGGAUACCUCGGCAGGACGUCGACACACUGUUGAUGGACAUUAUGGGCUUCUAGUUAUGGGACCUUCUACCAUGAUGCCAAUGCCUGAACUGUCAUAACGUGGUGAAUAUGUAAUGGGAUUCAAAGACGUGAGCCUGUAUUGGACGUCUGAAGGUUACAGUAUGUGUAUCAGGAACCCAGAAUACAAACUGUAGAUGUGCAUGAUUUGUAAGUUUCAAUAUAGACUCUUGUAAAUGAAUGAAACAGAUGAGAUGCGCAUUGUUCGCGUUUUCUCCAGAAAAUAAGUUAUUAUUAUUUAUUAUGAGGACAGACAUAGCCGAUCUUAUCAAUAAAACCAUAGUUCUAACUGA